CGCCCACCAACUCUCUUAUCAUCCACUUCAGCCAACUCAUACCCAUCAAUCCAUCCCGCAACAUUCGCACUCAAAACUACCUGAUCACAAUCCAAGCUCUUCUGAGUACUCAAACAAGUGUCGACUUGAGUAAUAUUAUCUGUUGGUAGUGUUGCUUAAUCCCCGCUUGUGUGCAUCAUGUCGUCGCCUCUUAUGACUACACACAUCAUUGCUCCAAAGGAAAGAGACGUGCCAUCGCGGUAUCGGAAAUCUGCAUAUCGUGAUGGUCCAGUCGUUAGAAUUCAUGAGGCUCGUCGUCAUCGCUCAUCACCUGAUGAUUCCGCAUAUCCUCCGGCGAUGGGUGCGCAUUCUUGCCAACAGCCAUUAGGACCAAAAUCUUGUUCAAAUGAUAUCGGUAGAAGCAUGUCGAUCGCUAAGUCGUUGGCGGGCGACGGUACUCGAAAAGAGGAACGUGAAUCGAAAGAUCACGUGACAUGUGCCAUCAAGCCCAAAUCGAAGAAGGCAAAGGCCAAAGUGAUCGUUGUCCAGUCCAGGGAGACGAUUCCCACGGUGAACAAUGUACCUUCACUGUUCUUCGAAACAUAUACGGUGCCAACACCGCCACCCACUCCGAAGAUAGAGAGAUUGCCAACACCCGAUUUGGAAAGGAUCAGAGAAGCUAUGUUCUGCACGUGUUGCAAUGAGACUCGCAGGAAGCACUGUGUUUCUUGUACUUGCGAUACGCCUCGAUUAUUCCACGGAACCUCGCCAUAGAGGGUUCGAAAUCACUCUAUCUCAGUCAAUCAACGUAUUGAACGAGAUAUUGAAUGUGUGAAAUUACGAUGGCCUUACUCCCCGGCAGAGUCUCUUCUAGAAGGCAUGAGGGGGUGGGUUCUGUUCCGAAUGAAUGGAAUUUGAUAAGGCGUCCUGGCGUUGAUACAGCGAGUAUUCAGAUUGAUCGUGGAAUUCCAUAUAUGGGAGUUGAGUCCUUGAAAGGGCAAUACGGCCUUUGUCUUUGCCUAAAUCGACAGCAAACGCUUGCAUUCUACCAUAAUAUAUUAAUUUUGCUCACCGGAGUGCCUUAUC